AUGGCACACCUCCACCUUGGCCCACAGGUGGCACAACCGCCGGGACGCCGCAAAACUGGGGGCAGCCACCACGCGACCGCCGCGCCAAGGCACCCGCCAGAUCCACGGACCUCCACGCAACUGCUGCGUCGAGGCACCGCCCGGCCGCCAACCACCCACGCGCAGUCCAGACGCCGCAGCCGGCGAGGCGAGGACGCGCACCCGGGCCGCCGCCCGGCAUCCCCAACUCCGGCAGAAAAGAUGCCAGCACCGGGCACCUCCUCCACCUCCACCCUUCACGAGCAGCACCUCCUCCCGUCCGAGCCCGCCAAGCCCAAAAACGGCCCGCCCCGGGCAAACACCGGCGCGCCGCCGAAGCUUGACGCCGGCCGCACGCAGCAGCACGCCGGCCGCCGCCGCGCCAUCGUGGCCGCCCGCAGCAGCCCCCAAAGACCGCCGAGCAGCCAUGGCCUCCAGCAGCGGCUCCCCCGCCGCCGAAGCUUGAUGCGUGCGCGAGGAUGCGCCGAAAACGCCUUCCCGGGGCCGCCGCCCCGCGCGUCCGCGCCGGAUCCGGCCGCGCCGACCCCAGCCAGCCCAGCGGCUCCCGCCGCCGAGGGCCGAAAGCGCCGCCGCCGCGACGCGAGACGAGAUCCCCGCCGCCGCCCACAGCCGCACGAGCUUUGCCCGUCGGAGCGCUCCGGCGGCGGCGGAGGGGAGGGAGGCGGAGGGGGCGGCUGA